CUGGGCCGUCGUUACCUUGAAGUCUCUGGUCUCCAUCUGAGGUAGCAAUGGAUUGCUUGGGGCUGGCUAAGCCUCUGAGCUUCGACAUGAUGCAAAACGUCAUGCCCCCCAGUGGUGCUGAUCACUUCAAAAAUUUCUUCUCACAGGUUUGGUUACUUAACCCUCUCGGUUCUGUCUUUUCUCUUCCCCGGAUAUUCUGUACCUCUGACGUGACUAGGCAGUUGAACGAAACUUAUCGACCGAGGCAAGAUCUGCCUGUCGAGACCCAUUCUGUGCCCUGUGCUCGGAUUUCCAGCCUUGAUUGCCGCUCAUUCAAUUGUUACUCCGGUCCGAGAUGGUUCGUACACACGAACUCGCCCACCGCGACAAUGGUGUCCUUCGCGGCGACGGUGCUGUCGAGAACAAGGAGCACCGUCAUAGUGUCGCCGCGGGUCCAGGCGAGGAGCAAGCCGACGAGCUCCUUAAUAUCCUAGGCUACCAGGCCGAGCUGGUUCGAAGUCGAAGCACCUUCCAGGUUGCGUUCAUGUCCUUUGUGCUGGCAUCUGUCCCGUAUGGUCUGGCUACGACACUUUUAUAUCCUAUCGCAGGUGGCGGGCCCGUCGCUGUGAUCUGGGGCUGGUGCGGAGUAUGCGCCAUUAUCCUUUGUCUGGCUGUGUCUCUGGGUGAAAUCACCUCGGUCUACCCUACAGCUGGAGGCGUCUACUAUCAGACAUUCAUGCUCUCCCCACCGCAUUACCGCAAGAUCACCGCAUGGAUUUGUGGCUGGUCAUACACCCUAGGCAACAUCAUCAUUACUCUUUCUGUCAACUUCGGAACCACCCUUUUUUUCGUGGGUUGUAUCAACAUCUUCCAGGAUGACAAUGGCGAAGGCAUCUUUGCCGCAGAGACCUACCAGUAUUAUCUGAUCUUCCUCGCCAUCACCCUGACUUGCAAUGCCAUAUCCGCCCUGGGCAAUCGGUGGCUACCGCUUCUGGAUACAAUGACCAUCUACUGGACAUUUGGAGGUGUCUUUGCCAUACUGAUCUGCGUUCUUGUCAUCGCCAAAAACGGUAGAAACAGCGGUAGUUUCGCCCUGGGCGAGUUUCAAGCCAAUACCGGUUGGACCCCAGGCUGGUCAUUCUGCAUCGGACUCCUGCACGCUGCCUAUGCGACCUCUGCCACCGGCAUGAUCAUCUCCAUGUCCGAGGAGGUCCGCGACCCUGGCAGGCAAGUUCCCAAAGCCAUGUGUUGGGCACUGGGACUGAACUGGCUUUGCGGCAUCAUCUUUCUCCUGCCGUUGAUGUUCGUGCUGCCUGACCUUCUCGAUGUCAUCAACGACCCCUACGCCCAACCUCUGCCGUUCAUUCUUCGCUCGGCCAUCGGCAAUGAGGGCGGCGCCUUUGCGCUCACGAUUCCAAUCAUCGUCCUCGCCAUCUUCUGCGGCACCGCCUGCACCACCGCCGCGUCGCGUUGCAUCUGGGCCUUCUCCCGCGACGGAGCCAUGCCUGGGUCUGGACUCUGGAAACGAAUCAACCCCAAACUCGACGUGCCUUUCAACGCCAUGAUGCUCAGCAUGUCCGUACAGAUCUUGUUGGGUCUCAUCUACUUUGGGUCUGCUGCGGCCUUCAAUGCCUUCAGCGGCUCUGGAGUCAUCUUUUUGACCAUUUCUUACGUCAUGCCCGUCAUCGUUUCCCUCCUCGGCGGCCGCACUCACCUCAGAGAAGGCUCUUGGGACUUUGGGAAGCUGGGUGCAUUCUGCAAUGUCAUCACAAUAUGCUGGACUUUAUUCAUCAUCCCGGUUUUCAGUUUCCCCUUCUUCAACCCGGUCACGCUGGAAGGUAUGAAUUAUGCUUCGGUGGUGUUCGUCGGCGGUGUGACCAUUUCGGCCGUGUGGUACUUCGUCUGGGGGAAAAAGAACUAUGAGGGACCGCCAGUUCGAGCGGACGAAGUGGAAAGAAGACGAAGUUCCAUAAUAUCUACGUCAGAUUAGCUUUCUGGCUAUCACUGAGAUUCUGUUGCCCAUUUACAGACUUGGUUGUAUAUAGUAACAGUACUCACCUGCCUGGGAAAUCAACUUGCAUGGACUUUGUGAGUGAAAGAGUACAAUGUAAAAUACCUUGCCAAACUUGUAUA